UGUACAGAAAAUUUACUUGCACGCUCAUAUUUUGACCCACGCGAAGCAUAUCCUGAUGGUAGUACAAAAGAGAAACGUAGAGCUUAUAUAGCUACAGCACUUGCUGGUGAAGUGUCUGUAGUACCAUCGAGUAGGUUACUUGCGCUAUUAGGACAAGCAUUAAAAUGGCAGCAGCAUCAAGGUUUACUUCCACCUGGUACUACAAUAGACUUGUUUAGAGGGAAAGCAGCAGUACGAGAUCAAGAAGAUGAGAAAUAUCCAACACAACUUUCGAAACAAAUCAAAUUUGGACAAAAAUCUCAUGUGGAAUGUGCAAGAUUUUCACCCGACGGUCAAUAUUUAGUUACCGGAUCUGUUGAUGGAUUUAUCGAAGUUUGGAAUUUUACAACUGGUAAAUUUAGGAAAGAUUUAAAGUACCAAGCACAAGAUAACUUUAUGAUGAUGGAGCAAGCAGUAUUAUCAAUGGCUUUUAGUCGUGAUAGUGAAAUGUUGGCUGGUGGUGGCCAAGAUGGAAAAAUAAAAGUAUGGAGAGUACAAAGUGGACAGUGUUUAAGAAGAUUUGAAAAGGCUCAUUCAAAAGGUGUUACGUGUAUCCAGUUUAGUAGAGAUAAUAGUCAAAUACUCUCUGCAUCGUUUGAUACUACAAUAAGAAUACACGGGCUUAAAUCUGGAAAAACGUUAAAAGAAUUUCGAGGACAUUCAUCUUUUGUGAACGAAGUCGUCUUUGCACCAGAUGGACACAAUGUAAUAAGUGCUUCAUCCGACGGAACCGUAAAAAUUUGGAGUUUGAAAACAACGGAAUGUGCGGGCACAUACAAAUCUUUAGGUGCUGCGGAUUUAACUGUAAAUAGUAUACAUCUUUUGCCUCGAAAUCCCGAACAUUUUGUCGUUUGUAAUCGCUCGAAUACGGUAGUAAUUAUGAAUAUGCAAGGCCAAAUUGUAAGAUCAUUCUCAAGUGGUAAACGGGAAGGCGGUGACUUUGUUUGCACGGUUGUCAGUCCAAGAGGUGAAUUUAUUUACUGUGUUGGUGAAGAUCUUGUGCUUUAUUGUUUCUCUACAUCAUCUGGAAAACUCGAAAGAACUCUCAAUAUACACGAGAAAGACGUAAUCGGCCUAACGCAUCAUCCCCAUCAAAAUCUUCUGUGUUCUUACAGUGAAGAUGGUCUCUUAAAAUUAUGGAAACCCUAACUUGUUAUAAAUACACUUACAUGUUUGAUAUUACUCUA